AUGUUGAAACUCGGCGUUGGAUUUCUGCUUCUUGUUGGGCAUUUGAGCCAUCACGCCAUGGCAUCCAACUGCACCUCAUCUUCCGCAACAGUCCACUGGCUCGGUGACAAACCAACGUACCAUGCUGGUGUGACUUUCGGUCUACCAUGGCCGCAAGGCAAACAUCGACCCCGAGAGAGUAUCUUCAGUCUGACCGGCGAUUCUGAAGACAAAUCAGAACUGCAAUCUUGGGUAACGGGCUACUGGGCCGACGGUUCCAUCAAAUGGACAGGACAUGCCAUUGCCGAAUCAAAUCAGAUUCAUGACAAAUACACUGUUACUGCAUCGUCUCUGGGCUGCGCCAGCACCUCGCCUUCGUCAUCAGUACCCAAUGCGACAAAUAGCUCUAUCGUUGUAACAGACAGUUCCGACGCGGUUACUCUCAACACGGGUGAGAUCACCGUCUCAUUUCCCAAGACAGGGAGCAUCAUUGUUGGUGAUAUCAAGACAAAGGGCGGCAAUAUCAUCGGUGCGAACGGAAGACUUGUCCUUCAAACUCAGGAUUCGGUGCCGGAUAAUUUCGACAACCGAGCAAAUUCCUCCAUCCAAUAUUCCAACUUUAACAGCAAUAUCAACGAGGUAUUGGUAAAUCAGACAUCAGUUCGCACGCUCGUCACUGUUCGUGGAAAUCACACAGUCACUGAUGGUGCCGAUCACGAUCCGUGGCUGCCAUUCGCUGUCAGAUUCUAUCUCUAUGCCAACUCUGCCACCAUCAAAGUGGUGCAUAGCAUCGUUUUUGAUGGAGGCGAGAAGGAUUUCAUCACUGGGCUCGGUAUUCGGUUUGAUGUUCCAUUGAAAGGCGAGGAGUACUACGACCGACACAUCAGGAUCGCUGGCGUGGAUGGCGGCAUCUUUAAUGAGGCGGUUCAGGGAAUAACUGGACUGCGGAGAGAUCCCGGCGAAGAAAUUAGAGCCGCUCAAUUUGCGGGGCAGAAACUAGCAGAUCCAGAGUCUUGGGAUACCCGGGUCACCACUCGGCUGAAAUGGAUCCCAACGUGGGCAGACUAUAGUCUUACUCAGCUCACAGCCGAUGGUUUCGGCCUCAAAAAGAGGACCAAGCCUGGCCAGUCAUGGGUCAAAAUUCCCAGCGGAACCCGUGCUGAAGGCCUUGCUUAUCUAGGAGGUGCUACACAAGGAGGUCUCGCCGUCGGUUUGCGAGAUUUCUGGAAGCGGUACCCGGUUGGGCUUGAUAUUUCCAACGCUGCCUCCGAUACUGGUGAACUCACUUUGUGGUUAUAUAGCCCCGCCGCUGACCCGUUGGACCUGCGGCCCUUCCACGAUGGUUUAGGCCAGGAUGGAUAUGAAGAUCAAUUGGAUGCUCUUGAGAUCACCUACGAGGACUGGGAACCUGGCUUUGAUACACCAUAUGGAAUUGCUCGAACUAGUGAAGUAUACUUGUUCGCAUUUGACCAAACGCCGACAAGUGACAAACUCGCAUCGCUCACUGCGUAUAUAAAUGAUCCCCCAGUGUUGGUUGCGGAGCCAAAGUAUAUCCAUGAAACGCAAGCCCUUGGAGAGUACUGGUCCUUGCCAGGAACUACCAGUCCCGCCGCAACCAUCCUGGAAGAUCGGCUUCGUUUCAUUUUUGACUUCUACAAGGGUCAAAUUGAGCAGCGUCGCUGGUACGGCUUCUUGGACUACGGUGAUUUCAUGCACACAUAUGACCCCGACCGACACACCUGGCGAUACGACAUUGGUGGUUAUGCCUGGGACAACUCGGAGCUGUCUCCAGAUCUCUUCUUCUGGCUUUACUUCCUCCGCACAGGCAGCAAAGAUGCAUACCGGUUUGCCGAGGCCCUAACAAGGCACACAGGUGAAGUCGACGUGUACCAUAUCGGUAACUGGAAAGGACUGGGGACACGUCACGGUGUGCAACACUGGAGUGAUAGCGCGAAACAGGCUCACGAGCGCGUCGGAGAAUUGCUAGAAGAAUUGCUUGACACCGAUAAGACCUACGGGGAGCUUGACCCUCAGAGGAAAGUUCGUACAGAUGGCUGGAAACCUAGUCCAAACUCGACAGUUUCGUUUGGUCUCGGAACUGAUUGGUCGAGUCUUGCUGCAGGAUGGUUGAUUGAAUGGGAACGACGAGGUUCAAGAUGGCAAGAGGCCAAGACAAAGUUGACCAACACGAUCUCAGGAAUAGCAAAUCUGACUAACGGAUUCGUGACCGGCUCAGGGUUGUAUGACCCUGUGACCUGGACAUUGGGCCCUCCCCCGUCUGAUCCGGGCAACCAGGGGAACGUGUCUAUUUCACAUCUAAACGCUGUCUUCGGUCUUCCCGAGGUCGUUUCUGAGGCCAUCGCCUAUCUGGCGGAUGAUAUACCGAAAGGAUUCAAACAAGCCUGGUUGGACUACUGCUACUACUACCAUGCCUCAGCAUCGGAGCAGAAGGAACGAUAUGGAGUAAGCUUCAGCAAGAUAAGUCUUCUUCAAGCGCAUUCAAGGCUGGCAGCGUACGCAGCAUAUGAGACUCAGAACAAAACGCUUGCACUGCGGGCCUGGGAGGACUUUUAUGCCAGCGAUGGACUAUUGCCGGAUGCCCCCUGGAAUAUCACGCAUGUGAACGGAAGUGACGUUUUGAUUCCCGUGGAUGAGGCUGCUUGGUUUGCGACCAACGAUAUCGCCCAGUACGGUCUGGCCGUCAUUCAGAAUUUGGCCUAUGUUCCGGAUUCGCUUGAUGACUACCAAUCAUGA